AGAGAAGGUGCAUCGGUCUUUUGGACUCUUCAACUUAAAUCGGGCGAUCCGGACUUCCACUGCGUUGGCCUAGCUCUGAGACAAUGAACGCUAAGCAUUGCAUCUUGGCUUUGCAGCUCUGCCUCAUGGCUAUUUAUGGCUGCUACUGCCAGGGCUCGGUCAUUGAAGAAACAAUAAAUCUAAAGGAAUAUUUUAACGCGAGCAGCGUUUCCGUCAGUGAUGGAGAGGACCUUCUUUUGCACAUCUUGAGGAGCUGGCAACAGGAUGGUGACACAAAAACAAUUGAAAUCCAGAUUGUCUCUUUCUACUUCAAACUCUUUGAAGCCUUGAAAGGCCACCAGGCCAUCCAGAGAAGCAUAGAUACCAUCAGGGCAGACCUCAUCGCUAACUUCUUUAACAACAGCGAGGAGAAAUACGACGGAUUCAUGAGGAUCGCUAAGAUUGAGGUAAAUGACCCCCAGAACCAGCGCAAAGCUAUCAAUGAACUUGUCACAGUGAUGAGCCAUCUGUCACCAAAAUCUAAGCAAAGGAAGAGGAAAAGGAGCCGGUGCUGUUUUGGGGUGGGAGACCGUCUAAACAAGAACAACCCUGCCAGUACUAUUUGAAUUUUAAAUCUAAACCUAUUUAUUAAUAUUUAAAAUUAUUUAUAUGAAGAACAUAUUUUUAGACUAAUAGGCCAAAGAAAUAUUUAUAAUAGCAAUUUUUAUGUGAUGAAAAUGAAUUUCUAUUAAUAUAUAUGUUAUUUAUAAUUUCUGUACCCUCACCUAUUUUACUUGACUAGUUUAUUCUUUCUUCCUAAUUCACCAAGACUGUGUGAUUACAAGUUUGUAUCUUGG